UAUCUUAGUAGUAGCGUUCUUGCAUAGCAUGUGUAAAACCCUAGGCUUAAUGAGUAAUAGGGUGUGGGCCUGUGCUCCCCAUUUAGAGAUGAGCUAGUUAGUCUUGGACUGUCUGCCCCACCUUAAAAUAGUUGAUUUUGAAGGAUGAAGUCCACUUAAACACUGAAAUAUGCACAGGCAGAGUUGAUAUUGCUUGUCACCUGUUUCUAAUCCUGUGUGGUGACUAUCAUUCUCAGAUUUUAAACUUGGUUGUUUCCUGUGAGGCAUGUUACCAACUUGGGCUGCACAACUCACCUUUCCCACUCCCUUUAUCUCCUUUUUUGUUUUGUCUUGAUUUUUAUUUUAUUUUAUUUUUGCUUUUCUCCAGCUGUGCUUCCUAUGUCUUCAGCCUUGAAUGUUACUGCUGCUCCAGGGCAGCCUGGAUCUCCCUCUCCUUCCUCCCUGGGCCCCCAGCAAAGCCCUCUAGUGACUGAUGCCCAUCAGUCUUCUCCACUCCCCUCUAGUCUUCCCUCCACCCCCUUUGAAGUUCCUUUUGCCCAGCCAGAAACUGCUGUGCCCUCAGGAGCUGCCCCUCCCGCCCCAACUUUCCUGCCACACCUGAUAGGGCCUCCUAUCUCCCCAGCUGCCUUAGCUUUGGCCUCUCCCAUGAUAGGUCCAGCUCAGAAAGGUGCCCGUUCCUCCUCUGCUCCCUUGUCUCUGGUGGCAUUGGCUCCUCGCUCUAUUCAGAAGAGCUCUGUGUGUCCCCCUCACCCUCUCACCUUACCUCCAUCAGCUGCUGGAGCAGAGUCAGGGGCAUUGACAUCUCUGACAGCUUCCAUCCCUCUCUUAGAAUCAAAGGCUUCUACCAGUCAAGUUCCCUCUCAGGGAACCCCGAGUCUGAAAGGCACUACCCCGUGUCCUCCAGAUGUAGUCAGUGCUUUUCCUUCCCACCUUGAAAACCCCCUGGCCUCUGUUCAGCCUGGUUUAACAUCCUGUCCUCAAACACUGUCCAUCACUUCCCCAGUUAAAGGUGUUCCCAUUUCCUCAGCUCUGACACAAAGUCUGCUAAGCCUUGACCUGAGGGGACCUGUUAGUUCACCACCUCAGAGCACUGUAACUCCCAGCAUCCCCCCAGCACCCUCAGCUUCCCUGGGUUCUCCUCGUCCACUUCUACAUCACAGUUCUUUGGAUUCUCCUGUCCAGCCUCCAGGUCAGUCAGGUCUUACAGUGAACACCACCAUUUCUGUAGAUCAUCCUUCUGUUGCAGCCUCUUACCCACCUGAGCGAUCGGCAGUUUCUCCUCUUCCUUCCAGACAUGAGCUGGCUGCUGAUUCUGGGGCAGCUCCAUCUGUUGACAAAGGCUCCUCAGCUGUUACUAAGGAAACCUGCAGCUCUUCUGGCUCUGCAAAUGAGGCUGGUACUUCAUUGUCUCCUGCAGCCCCUCUCACUCCCAAAAGUUCUAAUGCUGCUCUGCAGCCCUCGGUGACUCAGGUUCCUCCUCCUCCUCCUCCUCAAAAACCUGGCUUAAAAGAAACUUCUGUCUCUUGUAUUAGAGCCAUGCACCCUGCACUGGAUAACCCUUCUACCCUGUCUGUAGCACCUGCCACUCAUGUGUCUCCUCCAGCUUCAUCGGGUCUUAUAAAAAGUGAAGACCCAGCGUCCCCUGUUUCUUCACUUGCAGUACCUGCUGCUCACAAGCCGUUUCCUGCCCCUUCAGUGUCAACUACUCUAGGGGUACCUGUGUCUCCUCUGCCAGCCUCUGAAGGCCUUCAAAAUCUUCCGAUUUCAGUAAAUGCAGGAGCCCCUGUUUCUCCAGCCCAGGCAGGGCUUCCUAUCAGAAAAGAUACUACUGUACAAACCUUGGCCCCAGUAGCACUUAAAGAGUCUCCCUCUUCUCAAAGCGCAUCUUCUUUAGAGGUGCUUUCAGAAGACACAAAGAAGACUACAGGAGGGCCUGCCCCUGUGGUGCAACCAGCCAUUGCUACUGGUGCUCCUACUACCCUGGACUCCCCACCUGCCGGCUAUGUGAACCCAAACCCUGUCAGUCAGCCUCUCAAAAGUUCUGUCACUGCCCCAGCAAUGGCUCCAUUUCUUUCAGAAAGUUGUGAUUCUAAAGGGCUGGUCCCUAGAACUGCCAAAGAUACCUUUCCUUCUACUAAUUCACCUCUGGUUCCUUUAGCCUCUGAAGGCUGUCCUGUGGCUCCAUCUAUGGCUUUGUCCCACCAGAAUGCUUCUGUUUCUGUGACUACUGCUAAGUCUGUACCCUUUCCUGCUCCUCCCUCAGCUGGAGUUUCUUUUUCCAGUGCAAAGAAAGUUGAUGUUGUCUCUCAGAUGGAGUCUUCAGACUACUCUCAAGAAGGGCACCCAAAUGCUUCUGUGUCUUCUCAGACUAAACGGACUGCAUCCAAAAAGGGUUCUUUUCCCUCAGAUGUUUCUCCUGGAAAUGUUUCCUCUCCUCAUUGUUCACUUGAGGCUUCUUUUCUCCCAGAGGCAGGUCUUUCUUUUCAAGGCCCUAAAGGCGCCUCUAUUGGUCCCACAGAAACUUCUGUAUCCUCCAAAAAGACCCCAGCAGAAAUUCUUCCUUCCCCCCAAAAGACACCAACGGCUACAGCUUCCAGACUGACCUCAGCAGUCCAGUCUCCUAAACUGGACCCUACUGUAUCAGAUGUGAUUCCAGCAACUGUAGUCCCCAGAGAUACUUCUGCAAGCCUGUCUCUCAAAAGUGUCCCAGCUGUGACUUCUCUGUCUUCCCAAAAGGCCCCUGCAGCCCCAUCUCCUAACGAAGCCCUCAUUGCUCCUACAGAGAUUCCCACCUCCCUCAAAAAUGCCCUAGCAACUACAGCCCCGAAAGAGACUUUAGCAACCUCAACUCCCAAAGUUGCCUCUACUGCCCCAGUUGUGACUUCUCCCUCCCCACAGAAGACUCCAAAAUCCGUAUCUCCUAAGGGUGCCCCCGCUAUCACCUCUAAAAAGGCAAAAGAAAUUGCAGCCUCCAAAGAAGUGUCAACAUCCCAGUUUCCCAAAGAGGCCCCUCUUCUAACACAUGCAGCUCCUACCUCCCCACCAAAGUCCCCAGCCACUGACCAACUCAAUGGGGCUCUAACAAGCCCAUCCCCCAAAGUUGCCCCUGCUACCCUAGUUGAGAGUCCUACCUCUCCUAAAAAGGCCCCCAAAACUGCAGCCCCCAAAGAAACUCCAGUGACUCCAUCUCUUGAAGGGGUCACAGCUGUACCACUGGAGAUUAAUCCUUGCCCCAAAAAGGCCCCCCCAAAACUUCAACCCCCCAAAGAAAGUUCAGUGACUCUAUCUUCCAAAAGAACCCCUAAAAGUGCAGUUUCUAAAGAAAUUCCUUCUAACGAAGUCACAGCUGUGCCAUUGGAGAUUUCUCUGCCUCUAAAAGAGACCUCCAAAAGUGCAAUACCUGUUGAAAAGUCAACCUCAUCCUCAAAAAGGUCCCCCAAAACUGUAGCCCCCAAAGAAACUCUGCCUGAAGAGGUCAGAGCUGUGCCUCUGGAGGUUUCUCUGCCUCCAAAAGAGAUGCCUCAAAAUGCAGGCCCCAGAGAAACUCCACCUGAAGGGGUCAUAGCUGUGCCAUUGGAGAUUCCUCCUACCCCAAAAAAGGCCCCCAAAACUUCAGUCCCUAAACAGAUUCCUGUAACCCCAUCUCCCAAAGAUGCCUUUACUACCCUAGCUGAAAGUCCUCCCUCCCCCAAAAAGGCACCCACAACUGCAGCCCCCAAAGAAGUUCCAGCAGCCCCAUCAGUGGGGAUCGCAGCUGUAUCAGAGAUUUCUCCCUCCCCAAAAAAGACCUCAAAAACUGCAGUCCCCAAAGAAGAUUCAGCAACCUCAUUCCCCAAAAGGUCCCUCAAAACUGCAACUCCCAAAGAAAAUUCAACUUCAUCCCCAAAAAGGUCCCCCAAAAUUGAAGCCCCCAAAGAAACUCUAGCCACGUCUCCUGAGGGGGUUACAGCUAUACCACUGGAGAUUCCUCCUUCCCCCACAGCUCCGGCCUCCAAACGGGUUCCUGUGACCCCAUCUCCCAAAGGUGCCUCUAAUACCCUAGCUGAGAGUUCUGCCUCCCCUAAAAAAGCCCCUAAAACUGCAGCCCCCAAAGAAACCUCAACUCCAUCCCCCCAAAAAGUUCCCAAAAUGUCAGGUCCCAAAGAGACUCCAGCAACCCCACCUUCCAAAAAGAGCCCCAAAACUGUAGCCCCCAAAGAAACUUCAGCACCUUCUGAGGGGGUCACAGCUUUACCACUGAAGGUUCCUCCCUCCCCCAGAAAGGCCCCCAAAACUGCAGUCCCCAAAGAAACUCCAGCCCCAUCUCCUGAAGGGGUCACCACUGCACUAGUGCAGAUUCCUCCCUCCCCCAGGAAGGUCAAGAGAACAAGCUCCAAAGAAACACCCACAACCCCAUCUCCUGAAGGAGUUACAGCUGCACCACUAGAAAUUCCCUUAACUUCCAAAAAGAACCCCAAAAUGGCAAGCCCCAAAGAAAUGCUAGUAACCCCAUCUUCCAAAAAGGUUUCCCAAACUGUAGAUCCCAAAGAAACUCCACCUGAAGGGGUCACAGCUGUGCCACUGGAGAUUCCUCCUUCCCCCAAAAAGACUCCCAAAACUGUAGUCCCUAAACAGGUUCCUGUAACCCCAUCUCCUAAAGAUGCCCCUACUACUCUAGCAGAAAGUCCUCCCUCCCCCAAAAAGGCACCCACAACUGCAGCCCCACCCUCUGAAAGGGUCACCACUGCACCACCAGAGAAGCCUGCCACCCCACAGAAGGCCUCAGCGACCGUAGCCUCCAAAGUGCUGGUCCCUGCUGAGACACUGGAAGUUGCUGUCUCCCCCAAAGAGACUCAUCCCUCCUCCCAUAAAAAGACCCCAAAGACUGUAGAUCUCAAAGAAGGUCCAGCAGCCCUCCCUCCCUCCCCCACAAAGAGCCCCAAAAUUUCAUCUUCCAAAAAGGCACAAAACACUUCUGCCCCUAUCGAGUUUCCAGCAAGCUCUUCUAUUAAAGCUGUCACCACCUCACUGGCACAGACGGUUCCCUGUGUGCAAAAGGCUCCAUCAACAAUAGCCCCCCAGGAGAAUUCAGCUGCCCCAGUUGCUAUUCCUGUCUCCAACAAAAGCCCAGCAGCCCCAACUACUGCAAAUGCUUCUGUUGCCCUAGCUGCCGCUUCCCUUUCCCCAACUCCCCAAGUCAAGAUUUCUUCUUCCAAAAAGACCCCAGCUACUUCAGCUCCUCAAACAGCUCCAAAAGAGGCCACAACCAUCCCAUCUGGUAAAAAGGCUCCAGCCACUGAGACCUCCAAUGAGACUUCAACAACUCCAUCUCUCAAAGGGGCCCCCAAAGAGACCUCAGAAAUUUCAGUGUCCAAAGGAGUUCUCACGUCCACAGUCAACUCUUCCUCUCCUAAAAAGGUCCCAUCCUCCAAAAGGGCCUCUACUCUCCCAGCUACAACUCUUCCCUCUAUUAAAGAGGCCUCUGUUCUCUCACCCGUCCCUACUUCUUCCACAAAAGACUCCCACACUUACCCAGUGUCCACAGCUUGUAGCACAGCAACUACUACCCCUCAGGCAUCUGAAAAGCUCCCAGCAAAGAAAGAACCUGCAGCUCUCACAGAAGUGCCUGCUGCACCUGCUCCAGAAAGUGCUUUGUCCAUCACUGCUCCCAUUCAGAAAGUCCCAAGAACCAAGCGCAAUUCUGCUUCGCCUCCUAAGUGCCCAGAUCCCUCUGCUAAGAAAGAUACAAAGGGCCUCCUUUCUGCGGUAGCUCUAGCCCCUCAGACAGUCCCUGUUGAGAAAAACUCUUCAAAACCUAUAGAAGUUCUGCCUCUUUGCCCUGCAAAAGGCAGCGAUUCUGUUCAUUCCCCAAAGGGACCCAUGGAGUCUCAGGUAGCUACUCCUCAGGCAGCAUUUACCUCUGACAAAGUCCUUCCAAAAGCUGUGUCUAAGUCUGUGGCUCCAAAGCCUACCCUAGCAGCUUCCCUGACUCUUGCUCCCUCCCCAGUUCCCCCUCUGCCUCCUAAGCAGCCAUUUCUUCAAUCGGCACCUGAGUCCGUGCUGGAAUCACCCUCUAAGCUCCCAGUCCCUGCAGAUGAGGAUGAGCUGCCGCCUCUGAUUCCCCCGGAAGCAGUCUCUGGGGGAGUGCCUUUCCAGCCGAUCCUGGUCAACAUGCCCACCCCUAAACCUGCUGGGAUCCCUGCCCCAGCCCCCUCUGCCAAGCAGCCUGUUCUGAAGAACAACAAGGGUAUUUGCCUUGGUUUGCUGUGUGCAUGGUGUGUUGCCCACACCCCUCUUGGGCUCCCCACCAGUACUAACUAGGAUGCGUCGCUUUGUACAGUAUGUCUGCUUGAGUUUGGGCGUAGUACAUAAAAUGGUAACUUUAAAUGUAGAAGCUCUAGGAAUACGAACUAAAUCUUGGUUUCUGUCAUCUCGGGUAAUACUUUGUGUCUUGUGUAAAGUGAUCCAGACUAAGUAAGCUCUGGAUCUAACAUCCUUUUUAACCUGAGCUGAUACUGAAAACCAAGUUCUACCAGACCUUUACUCUAAUUCUCAUCACAUCACUAACCUUGUCCCUGGGCCUGGAAUUUGCUUUUGUAAAAAGUAAUUAAAAUGGGAAAAAAAGGAGAAAAAAAAAAAACCUUGAAGCUAUUCCUUUUCUUCUUAGAUUUAGUAACUGCCAGUUGCCCAGAGACUUCCUUUUCUUAAGAAUGUAGAGGGUAGAGAGCUGUUUUUCCCGGCCUGAGAAUGGUGUGGGUAUAUGUUUUCCUCUUCUUCAGUAGACUUUACUGAUGCUUGGCCCUUCCAUUGAAAGAAAGUCAGGAUGUGCCGGUUGUGUUUGGGAGUGGGGAACCAUGGGUCUGUAUCUAGAAGAGGGAGAGAUAAUAAGGUUUAGCAAUAUGGAGGUUGUUUUAGUACCUCAUAACUCCUUCUGUGAGUGGUUUGAGAGGCAGAACGUAUGUGCACAACUGCUUCUGAAAAACCUUCCAAGGGUUUUCAGAACCCUUAAUUGCUUCUAAAGAUGCCUUCUAUCGGAUUAUUUCUGGAUGGGGAUAAUUUAGAAUAUUGUGAAUGCUUGGUGUUUGUGCCAAGAAGCGAACACCUUAAGAGAGAAGGCAGUCCCAGCACAUAAGCUGCCUAGCUGAAUCUAGCUACUGUCCCACAUCUGAGGAAAGGGGGCCUUGGGCUGGGUCACAGAAGCCAGUUGGCUUACAUUUAGCCUUGUAAGUAAGGCCUUGCCUAAAGCAGUGACAGCUAGUUCAGACAGGUCAUGAGGAGGUACCGCCUCUUAAAAUUCUACUGUUGAAAAUAAUACAAGUUAACCUGUUA